UUCUAAAGCGGAUGACUUAUCGACUGCUAUUCUGAAGCAGAAGAACAGGCCGAAUCGGUUAAUUGUUGACGAAGCCAUCAAUGAAGACAACAGUGUUGUGUCACUGUCCCAGGCAAAAAUGGAUGAAUUGCAACUGUUCAGAGGAGACACUGUUCUGCUAAAAGGAAAGAAGAGGAGGGAAGCAGUCUGCAUUGUUCUGUCAGAUGAUACCUGCUCAGACGAGAAGAUUCGCAUGAAUAGGGUUGUUCGCAAUAACCUGAGGGUGCGCCUGGGUGACGUGAUCAGCAUCCAGCCUUGCCCAGAUGUGAAAUACGGCAAACGUAUCCACGUGCUGCCAAUCGAUGACACAGUAGAAGGGAUCACGGGCAAUCUGUUUGAGGUCUAUCUCAAGCCGUACUUCCUGGAAGCGUACAGACCCAUCAGGAAAGGUGACAUCUUCUUGGUGCGUGGAGGAAUGCGCGCAGUCGAGUUCAAAGUGGUGGAGACAGAUCCAAGUCCGUAUUGCAUAGUGGCUCCGGACACGGUGAUCCAUUGUGAAGGAGAACCCAUCAAACGAGAGGAUGAAGAGGAGUCACUGAACGAAGUGGGCUAUGACGACAUUGGUGGCUGCCGGAAGCAGCUGGCUCAAAUCAAAGAGAUGGUGGAACUUCCCCUCCGACACCCUGCGCUCUUCAAGGCCAUCGGGGUGAAGCCUCCACGCGGGAUCCUGCUCUACGGUCCUCCUGGCACUGGCAAAACACUGAUUGCCCGAGCGGUGGCCAACGAGACCGGGGCUUUUUUCUUUCUGAUCAACGGUCCUGAGAUCAUGAGCAAGCUGGCUGGGGAGUCUGAGAGCAACCUGAGGAAAGCCUUUGAAGAAGCGGAGAAGAACGCCCCUGCCAUCAUCUUCAUUGAUGAACUGGAUGCCAUCGCUCCUAAGAGAGAGAAGACACAUGGGGAGGUGGAGCAUAGUGUCGUGUCUCAGCUGUUGACUCUGAUGGACCGACUGAAACAGAGGGCGCACGUGAUCGUUAUGGCAGCUACCAACAGACCUAACAGCAUUGACCCGGCGCUCAGGCGGUUUGGUCGUUUUGACAGGGAGGUAGAUAUCGGUAUCCCAGACGCCACCGGGCGCCUGGAGAUCCUUCAGAUCCACACGAAAAAUAUGAAGCUGGCUGAUGAUGUGGAUCUGGAACAGGUGGCAAACGAGACCCACGGCCAUGUUGGUGCUGACUUGGCUGCUCUUUGCUCAGAAGCUGCUCUUCAGGCUAUCAGAAAGAAGAUGGAUCUCAUCGACCUGGAAGAUGAAACCAUCGAUGCUGAAGUGAUGAACUCGCUGGCUGUGACCAUGGAUGACUUCAGGUGGGCUCUGAGCCAGAGCAACCCCUCUGCUCUUCGGGAGACUGUGGUGGAGGUGCCACAAGUUACCUGGGAAGAUAUUGGUGGUCUAGAAGAUGUAAAGAGAGAACUCCAGGAGCUUGUACAGUAUCCUGUGGAGCACCCAGACAAGUUCCUCAAAUUUGGCAUGACCCCGUCGAAAGGGGUUCUGUUCUACGGGCCGCCCGGCUGUGGUAAGACGCUGCUGGCCAAAGCCAUUGCCAACGAAUGCCAGGCAAACUUCAUCUCCAUCAAGGGGCCGGAACUGCUGACCAUGUGGUUUGGCGAGUCUGAAGCCAACGUGCGCGAGAUCUUUGACAAG